AUGACACGGCUAAUAACCUUCCCGUCCGUGGAGGAUCUGGCAUACCACCUCCUCCACGUGUGGCAGAUCCACCUCGCGAGGUUCAGGUGAUCCCUCAUCGGGAUCCACCACUCGCCGAUCCACCACUCCCUGCUCCUCGAACGGUUCAAAUAACCGAGGACGCGCUCCAACGCAUGAUAGCAGAAGCCUCAACUCGCGCCGCCAUGGAGGCUGUAACUCAAUAUAUCGCCACGAUGGGAGCAAACGCUCCCAAUGCGAUACCAGCACCAGCUCCACCUGUAGCGCCACCUGUGGCCCCACCGCCAAUCCAGAAUCAAAUAAGUGUCUCCUCCUCUACGUCGGACCCACGGUCCCGAGUGCAGCUAUCUACUAAUCACAGAGGAGCACAGCCCAAACAACAACGUCGGCGCUCACCCCUACGGGGGAAUGCAUCACCACCAAGAAUCCCUCUCUUUAAUGAGGGAGAAGGCGAAGUAAACAGCCGAAUGUCUGGCCAAAACCUUUUCUCCCAACCAAAUAAUCAAAUGGGUGAGAGGAUGCCUCUCCCGGCAAGACGCAGUCCCUUCACCAUAGACAUCCUCAACGAGGUAUUACCUCAAGGAGUAAAGAUCUCGGGGUUACCUCAAUUCGAAGGGACCACCGACCCACAGGAACAUAUUGAGAAAUUCAGUGCCAUGGCGGAUUUAUAUGGCCCGACGGAUGCUGCGAUGUGCAAAAUGUUCCGUACCACUCUCUCCAAGAGGGCAAUGAAUUGGUUCAACUCUCUACCCAUAGGGUCGAUUGACACCUUCGCUCGACUGUCAACCCGGUUCACCAACCAAUUCGCUAUCAACAAACAAUAUGCCAAAACCCCUGCUCAUCUCUUCUCAGUAGUACAGAGAGAUAACGAAAUGCUCCGCAACUACAUCAAACGUUUCGUAGAAGCCGUUCAUGAAGUCCCCAGUGUGGGGCAAGACAUGCUCUCCGGGAUUAUGCAACAUAACUUGAAACCGGGUAGAUUCAAGGAAUCUAUUGCCGGAAGACCCCCAGGCAACUUAGAGGAGUUACUGAAUCGAGCCGAAAAAUACGUCCGGAUAGAGGAAGCCUCUACCCAUGCUCCUCCUAAAAAGAAAAGGGAAGAUGAACGUCAAGACAAUAGGAGGCGCGAUGAUCGACGUCCACCACUUCCACCUCAAGGCCAACCUUUUCCUCCUACAAUAGGUUCACUCCGCUAA